GCUUCGUCGCAGCCAACACAGACACGCAUCGGUGAUAAAAUAACAGGCUGUUAUUUUGGUGUGGCUUUGCAGAGAGCAAUCUGAAGAAUGAAGCCUCACCACCCCUGUUGAUGAAAUUACCACAUCAGUGAACGUCCGUCGUCAAGGUGCUGUGCGGCGCUGCUGUGGCGUUCUCCGUGUUUACCGCUGUUACAGCUGCACCCACAUCUGCAGUGUGUUUUGAGCUGUUGUGUAACUGACCUGUUUGUGGUGGAGAGUGAGAGCUCUUUUUUUCUUUGUGAGGAUCUGUGUGGAGACUGACGGGUGCCAGGUCCAGUGCUGAUUGGCCGACCUCCAGGACAUGUGGCCGCCAGGCUGACGGACGCAGGGGCCAGCACUAUUUAAUUUACUGGUUCUUUUAAGUAAUCCGGUUUUCCCAACUCUUCUUUCAGGGCUUGACUGUACUACAUUCAUGGUCCCCAGAGGAUGAAUCCUACUGACUUUGGUGACCCCCUGACGGUUCCUGUCACGUCUCUCUUAGGCGAGGCUUUGAGUGAAAAGGAUUGGACGGAUUCCCUUGACAUUUUGCACAAACAUUCAUGGUGCAGAGAAGAUGAAUAAUUGUACAACCUCCUCAAGGCUGUUACAAGACCUGCAAUCCCAUAAAACCUCUUCAGUGCCCUCCACAACCUUUCCUGAAACCUCCUCAAGGACCACUGGACCCUGUGACAGCUCCGCCCCUGCCGGGGGAGACCGGGAGACCCGCUGGCGAAUAAGUAACAUUCACGGACUUCACAGAAAGACGCGACAGACGGAUCCAGACUGCCCCGAAACUGUCUCACCUCCGAGGGAGCAGCAGGCUCGUCGCUCCUCAGCGGGGACACAGGGACCGAGCGGCGGCGGACAGGUCACGCUGCAGUGAUGUCAUCACUCCUCCUCCUCCUCUUCCUCCCCUUCCUCAUCCUCAGCCCCGCCUCCACGUUGGAGUUUCGUUACCACAACAACCGUGAGAUGGAGCAGUACCUCCUCCAGAUCAACGCCUCCAACCCGGAGAUCACGCACCUGUACAGCAUUGGCCAGUCUGUCACAGGUCAGCAGUUGUGGGUUUUGGCUCUGGGUCUCAGUCCUCGCCGUCACACCGUCGGCAUCCCGGAGUUCAAAUAUGUGGCUAACAUGCAUGGAAACGAGGUUCUUGGCCGGGAGCUGUUGCUGCAGCUGAUUGACGACCUGGUGCAUGGUUACCAUAACAACGAAACAUGGUCAUUGCAGUUACUGAACAGCACACGCAUCCACAUCCUGCCAACGAUGAACCCUGACGGCUUCGAUGCGUCAGACACCGACUGCCAGUACAGCCAGGGCAGGUUCAACUAUAACGGCAUCGAUCUGAACAGGAACUUCCCGGAUGCUUUCGCUGGUCUCAGAAGGCAGCAGCAGCCCGACGACGGGAAGAGGGAGGCUGAGGUCAGAGCUGUGAUUGGCUGGUUGAGGACUGAAAGUUUUGUUCUCUCUGCCAACCUUCAUGGUGGAGCUCUGGUAGCCAGUUAUCCUUAUGACAACAGCAACGGAGGCAGCGAGCACGUGGGCGGGGCCAGCAUCACCCCCGAUGACGACGUGUUCAUUCACCUGGCCAAGGUGUACUCCUACAACCACGCCUCCAUGCACCAUGGCGACCGCUGUGACGACGGCAGACCGUUCCUGGAGGGCAUCACCAACGGAUACCAGUGGUAUCCUCUGUCAGGUGGGAUGCAGGACUACAACUAUGUGUGGGCUCAGUGUUUUGAGUUGACUCUGGAAGUUUCCUGCUGCAAGUUUCCUCCAGCUGAACAACUUCCUGCUCUGUGGACGGAGAACAGGAAGGCUCUGCUGGCCUUCAUCCAGCAGGUCCACCUGGGGGUCAAAGGUCGUGUGUUCGACGGCUCCGGGCUGCCAGUCCAGAAUGCAGUGGUGGAGGUCAAAGGUCGCAGGAAUAUGUGUCCAUUCAGGACCAAUCAGGAUGGAGAAUACUACAGACUGCUGCUGCCAGGAAACUACAGCUUCACAGUGACGUACCCGGGUCACGAGGUUUUGACGGAGACCCUUAACAUCCCACAUGGUCCUGACAACUAUUCCGCCAUGAAACACGACUUCCUGUUACGACGCGUUACCCGGACGACCGGCCGCACAAUAGUUAACCUCUCCCAAGCCAUCCCCACCCCUUCCUGUAACAGCACAUUACACCUGGAGGCAGGCGGCGCCAUCACCAGGCCCACGUCCACAGGGCUAGGCGUGGGGCUCGGCCUGGUGGCGGCGCUACGAUCCCUGAUCGACUGAAGCCGCCUGGUGCUCGCAGCCACCUGCAAGAAAACAAAAAACAUUAACACGGCGUCCAUCAGAAGUUUCUGAAGAGACAUUUUUGAAGCCUGGAAUUUGGGUAAAGCACUCAUCACCAGCUUUGUCUCCACUGACAAACUGUAAUUUGAAGGUGACGGGGUGAGUCAGGGCGGACUGUAAAGCCCUGGUCGCAGCAGAAACAUGUGGUUCUGGGAGCUAAGGGGUGUAGUGACUCAUCACAGGACUAACAGGCCUUUUUCACAGAAGACAUUUUGACGGCGUCAUGGUUUACUGGGACACUUGAACAGAACGUAGCCGUUGACAAUGUUUAGUAACACCUGUGCUAAGUCAAAACAUCUGCUCUGUAAAAGGCCUACUGGCCAACUACUGUAGCUGGCGAGCUAACAGGCUAGCAUUCUGGGGCUGUCAAAGUGGCUAAGCUAGCUUGCUACCUAGCCAGCUUCGUCUUUUGUGAAGCCACAUGAGACCAAGCCCAAUGACUCUAUAUAAAGAUGGACGACUUGACAGCUCCUCAAAAGUGAAGCCAAAACAUCUUGAUCGCCCCCUGGUGGCUGGCUGUAGUAUAGCUCAUAAAUCCCACCCCCUCGUGUGAGCCGAUUGGACACAAGUCAAACUAAAAAAUCAAAGUACACGUCACAAAAGUUUUCACAAAGAUGGUUUCGGUCAUUUUAGGUAGUUCUUACCUAAUAAAUAACAAUACAGACGGAAGUUCAAGUGUUCGUUUUUCUCAUUAUUUUGGCUUCAUUUUUGUCCUGUGGGAGGAAGUGGAGACCCAUCAUCCAUCUUUAUUGACAGUGAUUGGUCAAGGUGUUGGUGGAAAUUCACUUUUACACACUUUUUUUUACUGCACACAGGUUUGCAGAUAGCAGCAGUUUAAGAGAAAACUAUUUAUUCGGCCAUAAUGCUGUUAUCAGACCCCACAGCAGAUCUGUUGGAGCCUUAUUACUGUUACUUAUUUCUUGAGAGAGGUUGAGGUUUUUCUAUUUUUUCUCCAAUAAUAACCCAGCCCCGUUCUGAGACCAGGAAAAACUCCAUAAGAGAAAGUUCUGAUUUCAGGGAAAAGUCAGAGAGAAACCUCAGAAGAGGUUUGACACACUGCCGCCUCCCUGCUCUGUAGAGACUAUAGAACAGGAAUGAACAGAUUUCCAGUCAGGACUGUAUGUGGAGAGCUUACAGGAGGACAGAGCUCUGCUGCCUGAGGAUUCUGCCCCCCCCGCUGAGAUGCUGCAGCAUGUGAAGGAGCGUAGGAGGCGAUAAGGUUCAUUAAGUGUGGUUUAGCUACACUGUGUAAUUUUAAAUGUGAGGAGGAGCGCUUGAAAAGUGGCACUUGCAGGGACUGAAUGCUGUUUUUAGAGAGGGUGGUAUUUAAGGGCAUUACAGCAGAGCAGCGUUAAAAUGACAACAUGAGCUGUGAGUCCUGGUGACGCCACACAUUAAUCACCUGAACUCAUGACGAGCAUUUGAUUUGGGACCCCAGAGGCAUCAGGCAUGUUCAUACAGCCGUUCAUUCUUUCUGCUUAUUUCAGGUUGAUGGGAGGUUAAACUGUGUUCAUUCCUACAGGACAGGAGGUCCCAGCCUGUGGUUUGAGACCCCCCACUGGAUGGCAAACUUACUAAGAAAUCAGAGAAAGAAAGAGGCUCCUUAUAACUCCACAACUUUGAUCGGGGUCAGGAAGAGACAUUGCACCAGUUAAAAUUACUACUGUGAGUCAAACCUGUGAGGUGGGACAGCUGAACCCUUGCAACAGCUCAUACAGUAUCUGUACACAGUACACGUAUUUAUACACAGAAUAUACACACAAGUUCAGAGCAGCUUCAACAACAAAACAGCAGGUGUGAGAGGCUUCUUUUAACACGGGGUCAGAGGUCAGCGAACGUCCUCACUCGUCCUUCUGCACUUUCCCCCAUUCAAACUUUAUUUUUUUUGCCAAAUGUCGGGUUUUUCUACUUUUGUACUCUUUGAUAUUAAAUCUCGCUUCAUGAAAUAAUCCU